UCCAGCCGCUUCCUCCCGCGGGCGGACGGACGAGCGGCAGCCAUGGAGGGCGAGCCUCCGCCGGUGGAGGAGCGGCGGCGGCUGCGGGAGGAGCUCAGCGAGUUCGUGGAGAGCUGCUGCCGGACGCUGGAGGAGGUGACGGCGUCUCUGGGCUGGAGCCUGGACCGGCUGGACGCCGGGGACGAGGCGGCGGCGGAGGAUGAAGUUGUGAUAUGCCCUUAUGAUUCCAAUCAUCACAUGCCUAAGUCAUCUUUAGCAAAGCACAUGGUAUCUUGUAGAUUGAGGAAACUGGGCUAUACCAAAGAAGAAGAGGAUAAAAUGUAUAAUUCUGAUUUUUUCUAUGAGAAUGCGAAGAUACCUUCAAUUACUUUGAAUAAGGACUCACAAUUCCAGAUAAUUAAACAAGCUAGAGCUGCAGUUGGAAAAGAUGGUGAUUAUUCUAAUCAAAGGAUUUACUCUUCAUCGCCUGUUGAAGUUCCUCUGAAUCACAAACGGUUGGUUUGUGAUCUGACCCAAGCUGAUCGUCUUGCCCUCUAUGAUUUUGUAAUCGAGGAGACAAAGAAAAAGCGCUCGGAUUCCCAAAUUAUUGAAAAUGACAGUGAUCUCUUUGUAGACUUGGCUGCUAAAGUCAAUCAAGAUAAUAGUCGAAAAAGUCCAAAAUCUUACCUUGAAAUCCUGGCAGAAGUGAGAGAUUAUAAAAGAAGACGCCAGUCCUAUAGAGCUAAGAAUGUUCACAUAACCAAAAAAUCAUAUACUGAGGUGAUUCGGGAUGUGAUCAAUGUGCACAUGGAGGAACUCAGUAGCCACUGGCAGGAGGAGCAGGAGAAAGCGGAGGGUGGCCCGGAGAAGAAUGAAGACAGGCGGUCGGCGUCGGUAGACUCCCGGCAGUCUGCGGGGAGCCAUCAGGGUGCCGAGUGCUCCCGACACAGGAGGGACCGGAGCAGGAGCCCACAUAAACGGAAGAGACAUCAAGAGAAGGAUAAAGGCUGGGGCUCAGGGAGAAGGAGAGAGAGGGAAGGGGAAAGACAUCAUAGUCAUAAAAGAAGAAAGCAGAAAAUAUAAAUGGAGUGUUUGUGCAUGUAUUAAUUAUGCUUACACCAUGGUAACCAAUAUGUUUUUUAUCAUAAUUGCUUUGAGUAGAAUGUGUUUAUAUGAACUGUUUAGUGCUCAGAUAAUUAUUUUUCAAUAAAUACUUAUGUCUCAAACCA